AUGCCGGGAGGCCCGAGGGGCAUGGUGGAAGGUGUCAACCUUCUGGACGGGAGCAUCCUCUGGUUGAACGGCGCCAGAAUUGGCAGCCAGGGCUUCGGCGUUGCAGAUUUGCCGGCAUAUGAUCUACUGUCUUAUCAUCCCGAUAAUGGGGUAUGGGAGGUUGUUGCCAAGUCUAACAUCGCUCGUCUCUAUCAUUCAGUUGCCCUACUCCUGAAGGACGGCCUUGUGCUCAUCGCUAGCAGCAAUCCCAACGAGAUGCCGGUUUGGCCCAGCCAGACAAUCCAAGGCAACCAGUGGUUCAAAUACCCUACCGAGCUUCGUAUCGAGAUCUUCACGCCAUGGUACUUGGAGGGCGAGAAAGCGACCCAGAGGCCGGAGAUAAUCAACAUGUCCAAACGACGAUUCAGUCCAGGUGAUGACCUCGACAUCGGCUUCAGAGCUUACAAACCUGACCAAGACACUCAGGUCGUGCUCUACAUUGGCGGCUUCGUCACACACUCGCUUCACAUGGGUCAGCAGAUGUAUUAUCUUGAGGUUGAAAGAAGGACCAAUGAGACUCUCAGCGUGCAAAUACCGCCCAUCAAGAUGGCGCCUGGUCCUUACUUCAUUUUCGUUCUUUGCGACGGGGUGCCUUCCAUGGGCGAGCCGGUUAUGAUUGAAAAGAACUAG